UCAUUUGCUGUAUCCGAGGGCAGCAGCCAUUCAAGUUCAUGAUGAGUCGCUUACUUACUUAAAAGUGUGUACUUGAGUCCGAGAAGGGGAAGUCCACGCGGAGGCAUAACUGAUAACGUUUUUCUUAAUACUUUCACUUCAUGUUGUAAUGACACAAAGUCAGCAGUUGUGUUCAGCUUCCAGUUUACCCCGAACAUACAGAGCGAUGUAGGUCUGAUAUCUCCAUUAAACAACAUUACCCCACCAGAGAGAUGUCUCUGAUGCCAUGUGGUGUUCACUGACAGCAGGACAGCAGAUGAUAGACCAGCCUCGAAACAAUGACAAUGGAAAUAAAACCCUAACAACGUUUUAAGAACACACAGUGUAAAAGUAGGCCUUUCUGAAUUCAAAGUCAUUUUGGUUACGCCAUAAUAUUUUCUGCAGAUGUUCAGUGAACCGUAUUCAGUGGCUACUUUUUUCUGUGGAGUCCAUGUUACCUGAUUCUGAAAAAGCGUGGGGGUAAUUUCGUACUUUGGUUCAGGAAAUUAAGUUACACGUGGAGCGACAGUUGCUCAUUUGCAUCUCUGUUUCUGCUGCCUCUGGUGCGCCACCGCCGCUUACGAACGACUUCCAGAAGCUGGCUGCUUUAAUUUACUGUAAUUUUUUUAGUGGUGUGUGGCAGAGAGAUAAAAAUCAAACUGUUUACUGUGACGCGAGAUCCAAGAUAAAGUCACUCGGGCUAAGACCAGCACUGAUGCGCGUCGUGGACGCGCAGCGUUGAUGUUGAAGCAACAGGCGGUAAAAGCGCAGAGAGUGAGAGAGCCUGUGCUGAAAAUUGAGACCAAUCUUUCCCCGAGCUUCACGGGGACGCACGCUGUGUCCGCAACUUGUUGUUUUGUCAGAUUGGAUGGCACCACGCGCAGGAAAGGCGCGGUGGAUACGUUUACGCGCGGCGGCAAUUGUGUAAAUGACAGAGGUUGAUGCGAGAGGAAGGAGGGCGGUCAAAGUGUGACGGCAAAACACUGUGUCUUGCUCUGGCAACCGCGCGCCUGUUAGACUGCACGUGUACUGUUCUUGUUCGUCCAGGGCACGGCUGCCGGCAGGAGGACACGCAUGCUUGAGAGGACCCCGGCGCACUUGAUGCCCGCUUCGGUGAUGCCAUGCCCCGGAACCACAGCGGAGACGAAGGCGGCACCGGGCUCUGGAUGAGGACGUCGCCGGGGCACCGUUCCGAAGGCUACGGCUUGAAAGAUGUGGAGUCCGGACGAAGGAUGAUGAACAACGCGGGAGACGGUUUGCUGUCAGCUUCCGCCGCCGCCGCAGGUGCUGCCGGUUCCGAGAGCCUGAGGGGAAAGCAGGGAGCGCGGCUUAGCCUGCUGGGGAAGCCGCUCAUAUACAGCGCGCAGAGCGGCCGGAGAAACGUCAGAUACCGGCGGCUCCAGAACUACCUGUACAACGUGCUGGAAAGACCGAGAGCCUGGGCGUUCAUCUACCAUGCGUUUGUGUUCAUCUUGGUCUUCAGCUGCCUGGUGCUGUCUGUGUUCUCAACCAUCCCGGCUCAUCAGGACUUCUCCUCCUACUGUCUCCUUAUCCUGGAGUUUGUGAUGAUUGUGGUGUUUGGGCUGGAGUACAUCAUCCGGAUCUGGUCCGCAGGAUGCUGCUGUCGCUACAGAGGAUGGCAGGGACGACUGCGCUUUGCCAGAAAGCCCUUUUGUGUCAUAGACAUCAUAGUGUUGAUAGCGUCGGUAGCAGUGGUGUCGGCAGGCAGUCAGGGCAACAUCUUCGCCACCUCGGUCUUGCGGAGCCUUCGUUUCCUGCAGAUCCUACGCAUGGUGCGAAUGGACCGCAGAGGAGGCACCUGGAAGCUGCUGGGCUCUGUGGUCUACGCACACAGCAAGGAACUGGUAACUGCCUGGUACAUCGGCUUCUUGGUUCUCAUCUUCUCUUCGUUCCUCGUCUACCUUGUGGAGAACAAGUUCAACAAGGAGUUUGCAACCUAUGCUGAUGCCUUGUGGUGGGGCACGAUCACCCUGACUACCAUUGGCUAUGGAGACAAAACACCAAAGACGUGGACAGGACGAAUGCUGUCUGCAGGGUUUGCCCUCCUGGGCAUCUCCUUCUUUGCUUUACCAGCAGGUAUUCUGGGCUCAGGCUUUGCUCUGAAGGUCCAAGAGCAGCACAGACAGAAGCACUUUGAGAAGAGGAGAAACCCAGCUGCCUACCUCAUCCAGGCUGCGUGGCGUUAUUAUUCCACCGACAGUACCAGACCCUACCUAGACGCCACAUGGCGGCACUAUGAGAGCCUCCUGCCUUCCCACAGGCAUGAGCAGGGAGAGUCCACCACAAGUAAAAUUCAUAGUAAUAAACAGAAGCUACUGAGGAGGUGUACCACUCGGAAACAUAGCCAGAAGUUGAGCUUCAAGGAACGGGUGAGGAUGGCGAGCCCCAGAGGUCAGAGCAUCAAGAGCAGGCAGACGUCCUCAAUGAACGACCGGCGGUCACCGGUGACUGAGUCCGGUACAGAGGGCACCAGCCCUGCUAAGGUACAGAAGAGCUGGAGCUUCAAUGACCGCACACGCUUCAGACCUUCACUCCGCCUUAAGAGCCAGUCCCGUUCCACCACUGAUGCAGACUCCAACAUGGCAGGGGAGGAUGGCUUCGACGAGAAGGGCUGUCACUGCGAGAUCUCAGUGGAGGACUUGCUGCCCUCAGUCAAGUCUGUCAUUAGAGCUGUCAGGAUCAUGAAGUUCCAUGUUGCCAAGAAGAAGUUUAAGGAGACGCUGCGUCCUUAUGACGUGAAGGAUGUGAUUGAACAGUACUCUGCUGGUCACCUGGAUAUGCUGUGUCGCAUCAAGAGCCUGCAGACCAGGCUGGACAUGAUUGUACGUCCACAGCCCCUGAGCAGCAGAGCCAAGACCUUUUCCUCCCCCUCCCUCCCUGUCUAUUACAGGCAGGGCAGAAAGAACUCCACUCAGGGAGUGGACCAAAUCCUCGGGAAGGGCCAGAUCCCUCUAGAUAAGAAGAUUCGAGAGAAGCUGCUGUCUGAUGGAGAUAUAUUAGAGGACAUGAGCAUGCUAGGUCGCGUCUGUAAGGUGGAGCGGCAGGUCCAGUCGAUCGAGUCAAAGCUCGACUCCCUGCUCGACAUUUAUCGUCAGGUUUUGCGUAAAGGCUCGUCUUCAGCCCUCACGCUCUCCUCCCUGCCUCUGUUCGAGCUGGAGCAGACCUCCGACUACCACUCCUCCGUUUUCAGCAAGGACUUGUCCUGCUCCACCCAGGUUAGCAGCGGCGGAGCACCUCCACCUGGUGGCUGCAUCACACGGUCCACCACCAACUCCCACCUUUCCCAGGGAGGACUCCAUCUCAUACUGGCACCACCCAAUGAGCUUAACCUCAAUCUCAAUGUCUCCUCUUCCACACCUCCCUCUGGCCUUGCAUCCUCCUCUUUUAGCCCGUCUCCGCUGCCUCAUCACCAUCAUCACCACCACCAUCAUCAUCCUCAUCAUACCCACCGUCAUCAUACCCAAGCUCAGGCCGCCACACCUGAAAGCGGCACUGAUGAGGCUAUGGGGAAUUCUCCACCCAUCCUCACCCCGAGUAGUAUCAGCAGUGGAGGGGGCGGAGGAGUAGGAGACAGAGGGUUUCCUCUCCUGCCGAGGCUUCCACCACCGCUUCCUCCCAGCCGAAGUGGUGGCCCGAGCAGCUUGGUGCGAGCAACAUCCACAGAGGCAUCCCCUGACAUGGAGGACUUUUGUGGAGGUCUAGGGACAAAGAUGGAGGAUAGCAGUGUCAGGGAGGACCUAGGCCUUGGGUUGGGGCUGGACAGACUGGAUCAGCAACUAAAGAGCAACACCAACAGCAAUGGCAGGCUUAAUAGCAAGGAGGAGGGCUCCUGGAGGAGGCAUAUGAGCCUGGAGCUGGAGCCCCUGGUGCCACCAACCCUGGGCUGCUGCUCUGGCCCCAGCCAGAUGGACCGAGGCUUGGGCAAGUCCAUGUCAGUGCAGGAUCUGAUGCAGGCACAUCCAGGGGCUGCCCAGGACCCCCACCACAGCCACAGCCUGUCAUCUCCAAGUCCCAGUACGAGCAGUGACUCCCCCAUUGGCUUCCACAGCUGUAGCCAAGACCCGGGGGGAGGAGGGGGCAGUGGCCUAGGCAGGAGUGGUGGAGGCGGAUGGGGUGAGGAGGACCUCUUUAUCAGUGACAGGGACAUAGAGGCGCAGGGAUUUGAUUUCCUGUCACAAGGGACUGCUGAGGCCCACACCUACUCCUCUGAGCUCCUGAGGACGGGGGGCAGAGCAGGGACAGGGCUACGGGGCUCUAACCAUAGCCUGGCCAGCGGUCACGCAUCCUCGCCCUCUGCUGGCAGCAACGAAUUGCUGAACAUGCCACAUGUACGGCUAAAAUAGACCCGGCUACAUGUUCAGAAGGCACGCAAAACUCACCUCACAGAGACAGUUUUCAUUAUUUUUGGAUGGGAGUGGGAGGGUGGAACAAGGGAUCCUUUUUUCCUUUCUUUUCUUUUUUUUGUUUGUUAAUUUUCAUUUUUGAUCCAUUUGAUAAGAAUCACAGUAUUUUCAUACGGGCUGAUCACAUAUGGCAUAUCAUUGCAUGAGUUACUCUUUGUUUUAAAGUCUGAAUGUGACUGAAUAUCUGAGAUAAAGAUGAGGGCUUGUAAAAAAAAAUAGGAACACAGACCCCAAAAACCUGAGACUUUGUUAUUAAACAAAGCCAAUUGGCCCCAAAAGACAGUUGGUUGAUAUGUGACCUUGAGACACAGCAUGAACACUGCAUGUUUUCAGUCAAAGGUACUGAGAUUAGUAAGAUACAAUUUACACAUAACAGAUAGAAGGAAGGCUGGAUGGAUACCAUAACACAUGGACAUUCCUUUGAGAUCACCACUCAAAUCUGUAGUAAGCAAUGGAAAAAAAUGAAGCUUAAUACUGUAAUGUGACCAUGUAUACAGAGCUGAAGUGAAACCGGAACGCCCAGCUUGUCUUUCAGACCACACUCAAAAUCUCAUGGAGAUUUCUAACAUUCUAACAUUGAUAAUAGGUAAAAAUCUAGCCUCUGAACAUAGAUUUUAUCAACUCUACUUUGUGUGACUCCUUUGAUGUGUUCAGUAGUCUUUUGGGAAAAGAUUUCAGUUGUUUCUUUUUAAAUAAGAAAUACCAUUUCCCAUAAGCUUUCAAUGUUAUUUAUAUAGUGCCGAAACACAACAGAAGUUAUCUAGGCACUUUUCAUAUAGAGCAGGUCUAGACCGCUCUGUAUGAUUAUUAUAUUUACAGAGAGAGACCCAACAAAUCCACCAUGAGCAGCACCAGGCAACAGUGGCAAGGAAAAACUUCCUUUUAAGAGGCAGAACCAGACUCAGGGUGGGCAGCCAUCUGCUGGGUCUGUUGGGUUGAGAAUGUGACCCAUGUAAAAAUGUAAAGUGUAUCAAUAAUACAAAAGAGGUAAUAAUAGUAAUGACAAAGUCGUAAAUGCAAAAGUAGCAAUAAUACUAGAAGCAGUGGUAGUAAUUUCUUCUAGCAGCAGGUGUUGAGUGGAGUUGUAGGAGCAGCAGGAGACUUGUCAUCACAGAUCAGACUCUACAGCUCCAGAGGCAGAAAUACCUGCAGAAAGAGACAGAGGAGGAGAGAGAGACGGAAGAGCACAAUACUACAGGAAAGAGAAGAUACUGAGUUAGUAACAUGUAUUUAUGGGAUAUGAAUCCAUACUGAUGGAGAGAGAGAGAGUGAGAGAGAGAGAGAGCUCAGUGCAUCAUGGGAGAUCUCCCAGCAGUCUAGGCCUAUAGCAGCACAACUAAGGGAUGGUUCAAGCCUGAGCCAACCCUAACUAUAAGCUUUAUCAAAAAGUUUUAAGCCUAGUCUUAAAGGUACAGAGAGUGUCUGCCUCCUGGACCCAAACUGGGAGAAGGUUCCACAUGAUAACUGAUAACUGAAGGCUCUGCCUCCCAUCCUACUCUUAGAAACUCUGGGAACCACCAGUAAACCGGCAGCUCUAGACAUUGGACAGGCAGAAUCUUACAGCUUGACAGAAGAGAUGCACUGCUGAGCAGGAGAGGAUUUCAAACAGCAGGAUGGAGAGGAGGGGAAGCUGUAGUUUGUUACACAGCAUUUAUAGAAUUGAAGAAAUAGUGAUGAGUUUAAUGGAUAUGGACCAAACCAAGUUAAGAUGAUACAAGUACCCAUGCUGCUACACUUGUAGUUUUAUUCAUGAUUUCUGUUGUUUUUAUGAAUGCUAAAAAAAAAAAUGUUGCUUAAUUUUGUUAAAUAUUUUGACUUCUACCAGCCAGUUCUGUGGUGGCAGGUGACUUGCCUUACCAGUAAACCUGGAUGUGAUGCCAUGACUUUGGCUCCAUAUACAAGAUGUCUCUGUCUCUCCAAUAAUCACGACAGGCUUCCAUACCAAAAUGAAUGUUACCUCACCGUUGCCAAACUUUUCAUUCUCUGUUCUUGUCACUAUUCCUAUUUUAUUUCCAAAAACAUUUUAGAAAAUCAGAUCAUCGCCUUAAGUUUAUAUCCUUAAAUAAUACAUUUAUCCUCAAACAGUGACUUUGGUUGCUCACAAUCUUUUCAAAAGUACCACAUCACAUAAUAGUAUAUAUAUGCAAGCUUCAGCUCCUACACUACAGGUCAGUAAUACUCAAUAUUUUUGGCGAGCGUUCUUGAAUGAGGGAAAUACAAUGUUAGCUUUCUGUUGUCUCAUGUAUCCAAUCAGCAGACUCCUGAGAGGUGCUCAAGGUGUUUAAUCAAAAAAAGUCAAAGUUCAUUUUUGUCAGUGCUGUGGUAUCACUGAGGAGUUUUAUAUUACAGUUAUAUUACAGAUGGUUUUGAGAAUUCUGCAUUGCAUUACCUCAUAACAAUGAAGUUGCUAACAGAAAUGACUUGUCUUACUUGAAACAAGCUAGUUGAAAAAAUCACACAUUUGCAUAUCAUACUGCCAACAUUAUAGGACAAAAUGUAUCAGAACUUCUGAAAUAGCAUGUGUUGGGCCUUUUUUCUUCUUUAACUUUAAAUUGGUGGGUAUAAUUUUUUGACAACCUGUUACUGAGGAGUACAGCAGGAAUGCCCAGACAGAAAGGAGAAAUGUCAGUGUUGCUGUUAACUGCCAUAUAUGUGGAUGCCACCUCUGUCAACAGUCAGUUCUAUUAUGAGGUGCAUCAUGUUGAAAGCACAUACACCCAUGUAUACACCUGCAUACGCACAUGUACAGAUAAGAAUGCCCAUGGCACACAAAGCCAGCUGUGAGGCUACAUGUCCAUUACUGCUGUGGGGAAUCUUAGGUACAGUCCACAGAGGAGAGGAACAAGGAGCAGCUGUUGCUUACAUUUCAGAUCAAUUAUGCACCGAUCAGCUGGUUUCCCAGCUGUCAACAGCCAUGGAUUGAAACACGUCAUGAAUGUCAUUUCUUGGUUUGAAGAACAGUUUGUGUUAUUUUGUCAGAGUAGGAAUGACUUAGCCAAGCACUUUGUUUUGGUUCAGAAUCACACACUGAAAAAAAUGUUCAGAAAUCUAACUCUGUAUUGUAUUUAGCUUUUUGCCACCCUGUUUUUACAUGGAAGGAAGAUGACUUUAUUUAAAUCAUGUCAAUAUUUGCUUUUUUACACACGGUGAAAUGUGGGAUUAUUUUUCACUCCUUGAAAUGGACUUGCUGCAGAAUGUUUAGUUCAUUAGCUUUGUUCAUUUUUAAGUAAUAUGAGCAGAACAUCUAUUGCUUGAACUGCUGAGCAGUGGAAUCAAAAUGACUAAUAUCCAGCAUCCACUUCCUGUUGCAUGGUGCAGAAUCAGCUGCAUCAGGUAAGGUUAGGUGGUUUUCAAGUCCAAGUUGUAGGAAAACAAUUACAGGGGCACAAGAUGCAGGUAGAUACUACCCAUAAAGCAUCCACAGACUCUGUAGUGAGUAAUCACCCUUAGCUAGCAGUACCUCAAUGAAUUCCGAAGACUUGUAUCAAAGAAUAUGUGAAGGAGGCCUGGGGUCAGUUUGCUCUCAAGAGGUGGAUUUUACUAUCCUUAAGAUACUUAAAUAUACUUUGCAUGAAGAGGUUGUCAUAUUCAAACCUGAGAAUGAAUGCCACAUCAUUAAGACAAAUCAAUAUUUAUGGUUCAAACUGAUUGCAGUGAAAGUAAAAAAAAGACCCCAGCUCUGAAGUCUUGAAAAUCUGCAGUGCAUACAGUAUAUUGGUGCCUUGCUUUUGUGGUACAUAUUCAAUUCCAUAUCUUCAAUUUCCUGAAAAGUGCAUUAGGUUCAUCUGAACAGAAAUGGUUGCACUGUCUUCAUUUUUUCUCCUUGUAAAUGUUCUAACUUGAGGCAUUAUACAGUUUUUUAUUCAGAGAUCAUUUUGCUACUGGGCAUAAAACAGGCCUUUGACAUGUUAACAUUCUCUCUCAUUUCAUUUAAUUUAUUUAAAUUAUGUGCACAUAUUUACACACUAGUAAUAAUCUCAGUUAGAUUUAUGAAGCCUGUAAUGUAAUGAAAAUGCAAGUGGACUUUUAUUCUCAUUCAUCAAUAAAGGAAAUUCUAUGAA